GGUGGGUUGGGUGUGUGUGUGGGGGGGGGAGGGGCGGCUCAGGGCGCACGCGCCGUGAAGUGCAGCAGCGGCGGCGGGCAGCAGCAGAAGAGAGCGGCGAAACAGCGAGCGGUAGUCAGUCAGUCAGUGAGAGACACACACACACACACACACGAAGCAGCAACAGCAGCGACGACAGAGGCCGCCGCCAUGAACAACCAGGGCGGCGACGAGAUCGGGAAAUUGUUUGUGGGUGGUCUUGACUGGAACACUUCACAGGAGACCCUCCGUGACUACUUUUCCCAGUAUGGAGAGGUAGUCGAUUGUGUGAUCAUGAAAGAUAAGAUGACGAAUCAGUCUCGAGGUUUUGGGUUCGUGAAGUUUAAGGAUCCAAACUGUGUGGGUACAGUGCUAAGCAGCAGACCCCAUAACCUUGAUGGAAGAACAAUUGAUCCAAAGCCGUGUACACCUCGUUCCAUGCAGCAGGAAAAACCAAAACCAAAGGAAGGUGGUGGAUGGGGAAAAGGGCCACAAAAUCAGAGCAGCAAUAAAUCAAAGAAGGUAUUUGUUGGUGGAAUUCCUCACAACUGCAGCGAGACAGAGCUCAGGGAUUACUUCAAAAGGUUUGGAGUGGUCUCUGAAGUGGUAAUGAUCUAUGAUGCAGAGAAGCAGAGGCCGCGAGGUUUUGGAUUUAUUACUUUCGAGGACGAGCAAUCAGUGGACCAGGCUGUCAACAUGCAUUAUCACGACAUCAUGGGCAAAAAAGUGGAAGUGAAGCGUGCGGAGCCUCGUGACAGUAAAGGUCCAGGGUCUGGCCAGCCGGGAGCAGGACAGUGGGGCAGGAGCAUGCCAAACGCAGCCAAUGGCUGGGGAGGGCAGCCCUCACAAGGCUGGCAGCAGCAGGGUUAUGGUAGCCCGCAAGGUAUGUGGAUGGCCACAGGUCAGCCAAUGGCUUUGUUCCUUGGGUUUCCAGGUGGUUAUGGACCUCCCCCUCCAGGUGGGCGGGGCGCCCCUCCCCCGCCUCCGCACUUUAAUCCAUACGUAGUUCCACAGCCACCUCCAGGAGGAUUCGCACCGCCUCAGGGAUACGGACAGGGUUACGGUGGUCCUCCGCAAUAUGGCUAUGGAGGAUUUGGCGCACCUCCGGCUGACCAGUUUGGCCCUCCUGGAGUUCCAGCACCCCCUGCCACACCAGGAGCAGGACAGAUGGGCUACCCAGCCGCCGCACAGACCCCUCAGGACAUGAGCAAGCCACCUGCUGGACAGCCCGAAUUCCCUGGGUACAGCCAGUAUGGCAUGGGUAACUAUCCUCAGGAUCCUUCAGGCUACGGACCCACGCGUCCUUCUCAGGCUGAGCAGGGAUAUAGUGCAGCAGGUUACGGGCAGGACAUGAGUGGUUUUGGCCAAGCCCCCGGUUUCUCGGAUCCAAACCAACCAGCUCCCUCAUAUGGAGGACCUUCGACACCAGUGCCCCCCGGGGCCCCACCGUCAGCGCCGGGCGCCUUUGCCCGCGGGCAGAACCACAAUGUUCAGGGGUUUCAUCCUUACAGGCGUUAAAAAAAACCACGGCAGGGAAAAAAAUAAAAAUAAAGGAGUAUAUUCUGGUGUAAACUUGGCCAGAAAUUCCUUAAUUUUGUGACUCUUUUGUGACAAUCACUUGAUUAAAUAACAAAAACCACAAAAAAAUUUUAACAGGAGUUUGAAGGAAACGCUCUGGGUUUUCGGACCGAAUUUAUCCUCUUCACGAGUGACAGGGUUUUAGGAAAACAUGUUCUGCUGUACCAUAAAACUGGUUUCUUUUUUCUUUUUUUUUGGAUUUGUUCCUUACUCUCUGAGCCUUUGUUUUACCCUCAUAUACUACUUUUAUGUUAAAUAAAAUUGAAACAUUUGAACAGGCGUUGGAAUUUUUAAGAGAAAUUUUGUACUAUUUACAUCUGACUUAUUUUUUAAUUUAAGAUGUAGAUUUCCCUUAUAAGAAUGGCUGUAGAAUAAACUGCAAAUUAAAGACAGAUGACCCCUGGUUUAAAUAAAGAGCACAUUUCGUUUAAGUGACUUAGUUUCUGAUUUCUGAUUAGUGAAUCAUAAAUGAGAAAAUAAUACCUCCAGCUUCUUGCUCAGUUCUGGCAGCUGAGCUCAGUUUUAAAGUGACUCCAGCAGAAGGUGAAGUCAGAUUAAGCCAGCACUGUGCAUGCAAACGAAUUGCAAUGUUUCAAUUCAGCAUUGUCCAGAAUAUUUUUGUCCCCUCAUCUCUCCUAAUCAUCAUUUGGUAUGAUUUCCACGGUCCUCAACCAUCUUCCAAUAACUUGCCCUACAGUGCAUUAGUCAUUUACUGUGUUAGGAGUAUUCCACUGGGGUGUGUAUCAAUUAUCCUCACCUGACGUACGCCUGCAUGGGAGAGGUUACCGGCUUUCAUUUUGGGGUGGGGGGAAAAAUAGGGAGGAUUCAUCUCUAUUGUCCAAUGUUGCUGAGGCCAAUUAUAAGCCUAGUUUUAGCACAAACCAGGAGUUUAACCUGGAACCUUCAGGGUUUGCUCAGCUAUUGACCAGAAUUUUGUUUGUAUUGAUUAUUUACACGUUGUAUACACUUGCGAGUAGUUUAUUAGACUGCACUGACUACAGUUAUUUGUACUAUUCUGUAGUAUGUGGAUCUUUGAAUUGAAGGAUGCCCUUUCUAAUAACCAGAAUAGCAUGAAUAUGCCACCCCCAAUCCCCAGUCUCAAUUUGAAAAUAUUGAUCUGCUGAGCUGUUUAUGCUGUAUCUAUGAACAUCGCUUUCAUCCUUUGAAUAACAUCUUCUGGUGGGAUUGAGAAUAUUUUGUGCGCCUGCUUGCUUUGGAGUAAGUUAAGUUUCAUGCAUUUCCUGACUGGUUUACAGAAUGUACAGAAAAAAUGUAAUACAUGCAUAUUAUUAAACAACUGGAAAUAUGUACAGAAUGUUUUGGAAUAAACUUUUAAAAUUGAA